AUGCCUGUCCGCCGAAUCGCCCAAAUAGUCCACCUCAAGCCAUCCGCCCUGGCGGCCUACAAAGAAUGCCACGCGAAUGUGUGGCCCGAAGUACUCCAGCAGAUUAAGGAGUGUAAUAUCCGGGAUUAUUCUAUCUUCUAUGAUAAUGAUCGGACUUUGUUCGCGACGUUUAAAUAUGUCGGGGAUGAUUUUGAGGGCGAUAUGGAGAAGAUGAAGGCUAAUCCUAAGGUGAGGGAGUGGUGGACAAUGACGGAUGGUAUGCAAGAGAGUCCGACUCCUGGGGCUUAUGGGAGUGCUGAGGGACCUUCGUGGUGGAAGCCAUUGGAGGAGGUUUUCUACACGGAUUAA